AUGGACCGCAAAAAGAGCAUUUCUAUAGAAAAAGACAAUACAGCUUGUGUGCUGUGCGGAAAACUGGACCUCCUGCCACCACUUCCCGCUAAAACCCUGAAGGUUUACGUCUGUUGCAACAAGUCGGAAUUUGAGUUGGAACGAACGCGUUUAUGGAAUGACGCCGUUCCCUACCUUCAGAAAUUCUGUGUUCAGCACGGUCUUGACCUUAUUUGGGCAGACGUUCAACAUGGAAGGAAGACGGAUCAAGUUACGGACUCGCACGGCUUCUUCAGACAUCUGUCAGAAAUAGAGCACAGCUAUGAAACAUCUAUUGGUCCAUUCUUUUUGUGCUUGUUCGGAAAUACGUAUGGAGAUGCCCCCCUUCCACUUUGCCUUACGAUCAAAGAAUUCAACUAUCUGAAAAAAUAUGCCAUCGACGAAGGGAAAAAUGUUAGCGUGCUUGAAAAAUGGUACAUACUGGAUGAAAACUCUGUACCUCCUCAGUACUAUCUCCAGUCCUUUACUGACCCGUUCCAGAGCAGGGAUGCAAAGGAAACUGUCAACGUGGAGACGGAGAGAGACGAAGUGUACCCAAUCCUGUUGGAUAUCCUCACCAUGUCAGUCAAAUGCGGCUUGUCCAAAUCCUCCAAACAACAGGAUAUAGCAAAAGUAUUGCAGAAGAAUCUCUCAUCAGGCCUAGACCUACAGAUACAGAAAGCCAUAAACUUGUCGCCAGAAGGCUGCAUCUUCAUCGAGCGAACGAUCGAAGAUGCUCCUGACACCGAGAACAAGGUAAAUCCUGUUUUUGGUGGUAAGGAACCAAAUGAGCGACGACUGCGGUACGAGGAUUUGCAGAACCAGAUCAACGCCGCGGUCCCGUCCGCAAACAGGUUCGAGUUUCUCAUCAAGUGGCAAGAAGAGGGCAUUACCCCUGGAAACUGUAAGGACCAUGCAGAGUACAUGGACAACUUUUCUGGUGCUGCAGCAACAAAAAUUAAGGAACUAGCUGAAAGCUGCAUAAUCAAAAACAAUCAGUGUUUAAAAACCAGCGAACGCAUGUUUUACAACGAAACAUUAUUGCAUUUACACCAUUGCAGGUCUCUGAAUUCAAUGCUUUGCGAUGCAGCGGUAGAGCAUCAACUGACAAAUGUACAAAAAUUGCUGACUUUUGGAGCUAAAAAUGAGCAUUAUGCUAUUAUGAUCAAAGGACCUGUGAAUUCUGGUAAAUCCAUGUUUAUAUCCAAGUUAUGUCAUAAAGCGAGAGAAAUGUUUGGGAAAGAUACAGUUCUCAUUACCAGAUUUGUUGGACUCACGUCUGAUUCAAAGUGUUGUGAAAACAUAUUAAGAGCUAUUUGUAGUCAUAUGAAUCAAAUUUUACAGCAGAACGUAUCAUUAAAAUCUUACAACAUGAGUAAACUCAGAAACUACUUUCAUGGUCUGCUUAAUAGAAUUUCCAAAGGAAAACGCCAUAUAGUAUUAGCAGUAGCUGGUAUAGACAGGAUGAAAGUGCCAACAACAGAGACCGACCCUCUUGCCAUGCUGGACUGGGUAGCCAGUAAGCUUCCUGCAAAAGUUCACUUUUUCGUUAGUUAUGAUUCCUAUCCCUUGACUCAAGCUACGAAGCGUCUCGAGGACAAAGCACCCGCAAACGACCACAUGAUCGCAUUUUCGAACUGGACAGAGGAUGAGAUAAAAUCAACUAUCCAGUUCAAUCUGAAGUCGAAAAUGAGAGUUUUGACUAAGGAACAAGAACGCUCCUUCCGCGAUUUGCUCCAAACGAAUCGCAUGCCCAUAGUUUCUAAUUUGGUACUAGAAACGGCCGUUAGAAUGCCCUCCCAUUAUACACCCAGCGAUCUGACCGCCCCGAUAGCUGUGGACCAGUUGGUGGUGAGGCGUCUAACGAGACUGGAACAAACACUUGGCUGUAAGUUGGUCCGCGCUGUGUGUCGGUACAUCACUCUUGCUAAGGAUGGACUAAGUGAGAUGGAGAUUAUGGAUGUUCUAUCUUGUAACAAUGAUGUGCUGCUCGCAACAACUCCCACAGAACUUCCAAAGAAUCUGCGGUUCCCCUUUCACAAGUGGCUGCAAGUCAAAGAAGACCUAGGGUGUCUGUUAUGUACCCGCCUUAUGCAUGGAAAGUACUUGCUCCGAUGGGCACAUCCGAGUAUUCAAGAAAUCAUGCGUAAGAAGUACCUUUGUCAUGUUGAUGACAUAUGUAAGGCCCAAGUCGAGCUUGCUGAUAUCUUUAUGGACACGUGGGUACGUGGUAAACCCAUUGUGGACAAGGAGCGCGGACUGCAGAUGAUUGAUUGUGCAUCCCGCUAUGUUUGUCCUCAGCCUCUCCUCUACAACGAACACCAAUACAACCAGCGUAGGAUUGGCAUGCUUUGGAUGCAACUACUUCAAUCGGGUAGUGUCUCAUUGCUAAAGGAGAAAACGUUUUGUAAUUUUGAGUACAUGCUGGCUAUGGCCCAUUCCCAGUCUUCGGAAACUCUACUUGACAACCUUCGAUUGACCACCUCCAACCUAUUGGACGCUGACAUCCUCAUGGUUUCAAACACACUAAACAUGUCUCGGCUGAUUCUCAUCGAAGACUAUCUUCAGUUGGCGAACGAACUGAUCGGACGCGUCAGACACAUCACAGAACAUUAUCAAGAGUAUCUCGAGCCGUUGGUUACCCAGUGUAUGCAAUGGUGUGACGCUUAUAGUCUACCUCUUUUGAUACCAUUGACUUCAUGGUUAUCCAGUCCUUUCGUGCCCCUCGCGACCACCAUAUCGGAUGUCUGGGGAUGCAGAGUUCUCAGUACAGUUUUUAGCAGCCAGCACGUGAUAUGCAGUGUAAGACAGCAGGAUAUAGCUUUAUACCAUGUGUCAACUGGGAAGAUCGUCAAGGCGUUCUCAGGGCACAAGGGUACAGUGAAGUGCGUUCAUGUGUGUCGAGGAGGCAGGGACUUUGUCAGCGGUGACGAUGAGGGUACUGUAAGGGUGUGGGAUACUAACACCAGCCAGUGUACAGCCGUAAUCAGAGAGCAUGAUGCGGACGUGAAUACAUUAAUCGUUGCUAGCAAGUACGAUUACAUAAUCAGUGGUUCUGACGAUACCACCGUCGUCAUCUGUAGUUACCAGGGAAAGAAGAUUUGUGUCUUACAGGCGCAUGUAAAAGGCGUGACAAGUGUUCGGCUAAACAGUUCUAAUAGCAUUCUCGCGUCAGCUUCUAGGGAUCAAUCCAUUGUCUUGUGGAGUCUGGAAGAUCUAGUAAAGCUCGGAAGCAUAACGGAUGGUAUAAACUCACCUAUUUCAUGCAUGGAACUUACCUGUGACAACACCUUCCUGAUAGUAGGAUGUGAAGACAAUUCCCUACACGUUCUCUCGUUCAUCACUGGCUCAUGGAUACAUCAGCUCAGAGGGCACGAAGGGGGUGUGACGUGUAUAGACGUCUCUAACGACUGUUACCACGUGGUGGUGGGCUGCCUGGACGGAAACGUAUACCUGUACAACUUACGAACUACAGAUUUACUGCAGACACUGAAGGGCAGUUCCAGUGACCCAGUCUGGGAUAUUUGCAUAUCUAGAGACGAUUCUUUUAUAUUCAGUGCAACAGCGACAAAAAUCAACGUCUGGAACUUCUACAAGAAGACCAUGAAUAAAGCUACAGAGAACGACCACAGUGGUAGUGUGACAUGUGUCUACAUUGACAAUCAAAGUCGGUUCGCACUCUCAGGGGGAGAGGACGGCGUUUUAAAAAUGUGGAACUUGGAGCUAAAUCAAUUCAAAGAGAAUCUGCUAGGACAUUCUGCUGGUAUCACGUGUAUUGCCGUAUCCCCUGACGGAUCAUGCUGUGUGACAGGCUCUAGAGACAGAACUCUCCUCCUCUGGAGCCUCGAGCUCCUCACAUGGGUCUUGUCAUACAAGCACCAUGAACACAUGAUUCAGAAUGUGGAAUACAUUGACGAUGAACGAAUCCUGUCCUACGAUAACCAAGGCUACUUCCAUAUAUGGCAAGCGGAAACCGGGGCCACUCUGACAUCAUACAUUAUCCCUGCUGCCACUUUCGUUUUGUCUAGUAAUGGCCAAUACCUAAUUACGUGCCGAGGCGACCAGAGCGGGAAGAUUUGGAACACAAUUGAUGCCACCCUUAUUGGAUGUGUGAGUCACACGGAGAGGAUCACGUGUGUCGCCCGCUCUGUUGAUGACCUUUACUUUGUGACAGCUUCUGUUGACGGUUCUUUGAAAGUUUGGGAACUUAUGACUGCAAAACUUACACAGGUUUUGGUGGAAGACGACUGUGCCGUAACGGCGGUGGCCAUGCAUACGGAAGUGGUAUCAGGUUCCGAGCGUGGCACGGUGCUGGUGUGGGACCUGUCAGUAGGGGAGCCUCGUCACCGCCUUAUUGGGCACACCGACUGUAUCACAACAAUUCGCAUUACCAGGGAUGGAUCCUUCGCUCUCACAGCAUCUCGUGACCACACGAUCAGGCUUUGGAGUAUUCGACAUGGAAUCCAGGUGACGCUGCUGUCGAUGCAUAUUCCGGUGAUUAAUUUCAUGACUACAUCCGAUGCUAAACGGAUUAUAGUACAUCUGGAGAACGAUCACCAUGUACCUCUCCUGUGUCUACACAACAGCCCUGUCGAUCCGGAACCGAACAAUGAAUGGACACCAUCCAUCUCAGAUGCCCUAUCAAUUUUGCCUCUAGUUCCGAAACAUACCUUUCCACAUCGAAAUUCGGGGAUGUUUCCUGUGCCAAAACUACCAGUUAAAAGGAAGAGAAGUUCGGUAUCCAGCCUUCCACAAAUGAUCAAGCUUUCACCUAUUAAGGGACCACCAAAGUCAACACCAAAGGCAACUAGAACGAGGUUCAGAAUUCCAAAAAUCCACAGACGAGAAGAAAAUACGGACUCUAAAAUGUCAAAGAUGUGCGUUAUUGUGUGA